GCAGACGACGAUUCCUCUGACCUCUCCUCCUUAUCGUCACUAUCCCCCAUUCCCUCGGAUGAUGAGUUGGACGACCUUAGCGAUGACGCGCCGACCGGAUCUAAAUCGGGAAUUCUAAAGUUCUUCCCCAAGUUAUCAGAGAAGCCGCCAAAGGAGCCUUCGCCGCCACCGCGCAAACGGUCGCCCUCGCCACCUCACGAAUAUGUUCUCGCGGACAAUCCAGACAUUGCAUUUCUGGUAAUGUUUAGAAGCCGCUUCAACGACGCAUUCCCAAAAUCCCUUUCGCACUUCGGACCGCAAGAAUUAGAACGAGACGUUGUCGAACCCAUACCCGGCGAUCGAGCAGAACAUUUUUUGUGCGCCGUCCUCGGACUCCUCCUGAACCGGAAACAAGAUAUCAAAGCAGGUCAUUAUGGCAGAGCAUUGGAAGAUGCUAUUACGUCUCACAAGAACCAAUGGCCGGCCUCAUGGAGCGAGAAAAAUCCGCUGUCCGGCGGCGGCACUUUUAGCUCCCUGAGCCCAACCGAAAGAUUGAAUCUGCUGCGCACCCUCGUCCUUUGGGCCAUGUCCUCGUCCGAUACCCUCAAGGGCUUGAUCAACCAAUCCUAUAAGCAAAAUCGCCACGAAGACGAUAUCAACCAGCCGAGAGCAGUUCAACCGUGGGGUUCCGACGGAGAUAAGCGCCGCUACUUUUUGGUUGAGGGGCAAGACGAUACUGCCUUUCGCGUAUAUCGCGAGAGCAACCCUGCUGGCGCCAACCGAACUUGGUGGAGCGUUGCUGGGACCAUAGAAGAGCUCAGGGCCCUCGCAGAGAAGCUAGAAACGAAAGAUGGCGGCCCUAAAGCCAAGAAGCUAAGCCAAAAGAUUCUUCAAGCCAUCCCGCGAUUCGAAGUCGGAGACGAGAAACGGAAACGGCGAGAAUAUCGACAGAUGCGCAAAGAACAGUUCAAGCGCCCGGAGCCUGGAUUUUCAUUAUACGAGGGCCGCACUCGUGGCAAGCGAAUGAAGUAUACGUAUUCCGACGACGAAGACAUGUUCUCAGACUCGACUGGUUAUAGACGCUCAGCUCGUAAUACCGGAACACAUACGCCAGCAGAAACCGCACCUGUCACCACAUCAAGCGGUCGAACUGUACGAGCUCCGCCUCGGCUCAACGUGACCACGGGAGAAGACCUUGCCACCGGUGAUCAAGAUGAUACCCUCGAAGUUGCUGCAGAGGCUGGAAGGUCGCGUAGAUCGGCAGCCGCAAAUCACGAAACCAAUCAGUCCAUGGAUACCGAUGAAGAGAGCGAGGCUGAGUUUGGUGAUGAUGAAGACGAUGUCGACGCCCAGAUUCCUGAAGAAUCGGAAGACGAGGACGAAUUCAAAGACGAAGCCAUGGAUGAAGAAGACUUGGAAAUGGAAUCUCAAACAUUGGUGGUGAAACUGUCGGUAACUCCACCUAAACUCAAGGGCGUUCUCGCUCCGAGCGAGUUGCUUCCGACCUCGAAUGAAGACGAUGUAAAGGAAAAGGAUGUGACGGCCGGUCCGCCAGAUACGCCGACUCCAAAUCAACAAGUGUUUGAAGCAGAAGUCUUGGUUCCGACAUCCAGCGCGAAGACGACUGAGAGGCAUGUCACUCCAGAGGCUGUUGACCGGCAGGCUUUGGGACCUUUGGGACAACCAUCCAUCUCAUCUACCUCAUUGGCAUUCCGAGGUAGCCCUGAAAAGCAACCGGCGCAACUGGUGUCCGGAAGUGUCAACGUCGGCAGC